GAGAAAGAAAAGCAGCCAAACAGAAACCCUGCCCAGCCCAGCUCUGAACGCUUUCCUGUUGCCACCUUCUGAAACAUUUAGAUUCCUUCAGACCCUUGAGAGAGGCUGAAGUUUUCUCAGCUCUGUCGAACUGUUCUUGAGGUCUCACAGCAAGAUGCGUGCCUGGAUUUUCUUCUUCCUCUGCCUGGCAGGCAAGGCCCUGGCGGCACCACAGGAGGCUCUGCCAGAAGAGAUGGAAGUAAUAGAGGAUCCAGCAACAGAGGAACCUGUGGGCAUCAACCCCGUUCAGGUAGAGGUCGGAGAGUUUGAAGAGCCUGUGGUGGAUGCUGAGGAAAUUGUUGCUGAAAACCCCUGCCAGAACCAUCACUGCAAGCACGGAAAAGUCUGUGAACUGGAUGAGAACAACACCCCUAUGUGUGUGUGCCAGGAUCCCUCCAGCUGCCCAGUCAGCGCUGCAGUGUUUGAGAAGGUAUGUGGCACUGAUAAUAAGACAUACGACACCUCCUGCCACUUCUUUGCCACCAAAUGUGCUUUGGAGGGAACCAAGAAGGGACACAAGCUCCACCUGGACUAUAUUGGGCCUUGCAAAUUGAUUCCUCCCUGCCUUGAUGCUGAGCUGACAGAAUUCCCCCUGCGCAUGCGUGACUGGCUGAAGAAUGUCCUGGUCACUCUAUAUGAGCGUGAUGAAGACAACAACCUGCUGACUGAGAAGCAAAAACUCAAGGUGAAGAAGAUCUACGAAAAUGAGAAGCGCCUGGAAGCUGGCGACCACACCAUGGAACUGUUGGCCCGUGACUUUGAGAAGAACUACAACAUGUACAUCUUCCCUGUGCACUGGCAGUUUGGUCAGCUGGACCAGCAUCCCGUUGAUGGAUACCUGUCCCACACCGAGCUGGCUCCUCUGAGAGCCCCCCUCAUCCCCAUGGAGCACUGCACCACUCGUUUCUUUGAGACAUGUGAUCUAGACAAUGACAAAUACAUUGCCCUUGAGGAAUGGGGCAGCUGCUUUGGCAUUAAGGAGAAGGAUAUUGACAAGGAUCUUGUGAUCUAAACGGAGCAUCAUAAUCUGUUGCCUACAACUCAACCUUUUCUUCCAUUUUUAACAGUUUGAAGGGUUUUUUUUUGUUGUUGUUCUACUGGGGACAAGGUGCUAAUAUAGAUCUAAACUUAUAUAUUAACGGUGCUAAAGAAAGAAACAGAAAAUUGUUAGUAGCCUAAUCUAUACCACUAGAUUAUUCAGCUCACGCACUCAUCUGUGUUUCUAUUGACCUUUUAAUUAGACUGUAUCACUACAGUGGGAAAAACCCUACUUCUGUUCAAAAUAUCUAUCCCUUCAUUGAUUCUCUCUUUCUUUUUUAAUCUUGGUUAAAUUUGGGUUAUUUAACUCUCAGGCUAAGGAACUCAAAAGUCCCUAAUUAAUAGGGGGAUAGAAAGGAAGGUGUACCAAAAAAAAAGGGUAUUGAGAGACAAGGCUUUGCAGAGUCAAAUGGUGUCGCUGUUUUUAUUAAAAAGUAGGUGACUUGGAUUUUAUCCCUUCGUGAAAUGGAAAGUGAUGGCAGUGGAAGAGGCCUGAAAAAUUCAAAAUGGUGACUUUUUAAAUUGCAGUUUCUGAGCUAACAAAACUGAGCACAGAUUCAAACAAAAAUAGUAACUGAGCAACUGAGGCAUGUGGGAGGAAAAAGUCUUGUAACCCACCCAUCCCCCUUUAAAAUAAAAAGUUAAAAAUGCUACCUGCUUCAUUGCUACUCAGUGACUGUAUUGUUUAUUGCUUUGUUUGGCAUGCUUUAAAAGUCAGAUUUCAUUCUCA